AAUCUCAAUCUCUGUUUAUUGUCCUUUCAUAAUGGCUUUUGAGGGUAUUCUUAUUAAUGGUACAUCUGAAAUAUUGAAAAAGUUGAUUACUGUAAUUGGCAGUGAGAUUAGUCUGGAUGCUGGUGUCAAGGAUGAGCUGAAAAGGCUUAAACAAACAUUGGAGGUUAUUGCCGCUGUAACAUCCGAUGCAGAGAGGAAGCAGAUGAAUGAUGCUGCGGUUUUACUUUGGUUGAAAAGGCUCAAGGAAGUUUCCUACGAUGCUGAUGAUGUUCUGGACGAAACUUCUUAUGAAGCUAUGCGUCGAUCUGAUAAGAACAGCAAGGUAAAAGACUUCUUCUCGUCCUCCAAUCAAGUUGCUUUUCGCUUAAAAAUGGCUCAUAAAAUCAAAGGUAUCAAUACACAGUUUAAGCAAAUAGCAACUGAUAUGCAAAGAUUUCAGUUUCAAACUAAUAGUAAUGAUAGUAGAGGUGGGUACGAGCAACAUAAGCAGCUAACUAUUUCAUUCUUUGGAGAUGCUUCUAAAUUUGUAGGGAGAAAUGAAGAUAAUAUAAAGACAAUAAGUAUGUUAACAACGACCGGCAUAUUGUCAUCGUCAAUGUCUUUAAAAUCAUCUUCUGUAAAUCCUAAUCAACUAGAAAAUGUAACCGUCAUAUCAAUAGUUGGUAUGGGGGGGCUUGGAAAGACCAGUCUAGCACAAUCGAUCUACAAUGAUAAAUCAGUAGAAAACCAGUUUGUUAUAAAAAUGUGGGUUUGUAUUUCCGAUGACUUCGAUGUGUUUAAAAUCUUAAAAAACAUUAUGGAAUCUGUCACUAGAUCUAGAUGCGAAGACUUCUCAAACAUUGAUGUAUUAGUAAAACAACUGAGAGAAGAAUUACAAGGAACAAAAUAUUUGCUAGUUUUAGAUGACUUAUGGAAUGAAGAUCCCAUGGAGUGGAAUAAACUUAAGGGUGUCCUAGAUUGCUGCGGUUCUGUUGGCAGCAAAAUUAUAGUCACUACACGCAGCCAAACAGUUGCGUUGGUCGUGGGAGGUUUAAUUCCUCCUUAUAAUCUAAAUGUAUUAUCUCAAGCGGAGUGUUGGUCUAUUAUAAAGAACAAAGCUUUUUCUCCAGGCGGGCAUCUGAGACUACAAAUAUGAAAAUUAUAGGAGAGCAAAUAGCAAAAAAAAGUGGAGGUUUGCCGCUUGCUGCGAACUUUUUUGGUUGUCUUAUGCACUCACAGAGUGAGGAGAGGCAGUGGUUGUCAAUCAGAGACAACCAAAGCUUAGA